UUAUGCUAAUAGGUAGACACGUGAGGAGGUUAAUCAGACAUCGCCGUGGAAGGCAUGUAAGUAUCGUAUGCCUUUUGCGGUGUCUACUGUUUGAUGUGCGAUAUCAUUAGAAAUGAGUGAUCAACGCUUUCAUCUAAGAUGUUUUACUUAGACGUUUCUCUAGAAAUUCCAUCUAAUUCUGAUCUCGUAAUAACUCCUGUAGACUUGAAAAAGAAUAUUCUUCAAGCCGUUACAGAGUUGUUUGGCGAAGAGGGCGCCAAAAGUCCAAUAGAUAUUCUAAAGUUGGAUUCUGAAAAGUGCAGAUUUGUCUUACGUUGUCCAUCCGACGAUUGCGUACGGCUACGAGCUGCUCUGAGUCUCGCCACCAAAUACGAGAACAAAACGUGUGUUUACACAGUUCACCGAGCAUCGCCGAAUUUAUUAUUGUUUACUGCUGACAGCAGAACGUACAAUCACUUCUAACGCUUCAUCAUGCCAUUG